AUGUGUUUUCGGAACUUCACAUCCGGUGACGGGGACUCUUAUCUCCCACAAUGCCUUGCUGUCUCUCUCUCUUCCGGUUGUCGUGCGCUUCGUGUAGCAGCAGACACUGAUCAGAAAUGGCCAAGUCGAAGAAUCACACCACACACAACCAGUCUCGUAAGUGGCACAGGAACGGCAUCAAGAAGCCUCGCUCUCAGCGCUACGAGUCUCUGAAAGGGGUGGAUCAGAAGUUCCUGAGGAACAUGCGCUUUGCCAAGAAACACAACAAGAAGGGGAUGAAGACUAUCGCAAGGAAGGCGGCGGCGGCGGCGAAAUAGUCGGAGUGCAGAUGUUCUCAAGAAGACUUUAUACCAGACACAAUAAAGCCAUGCUUUGAGAA